AGAGUUUGUAGUCAAUUCAGAGCGACAUUGUACUUACUAAGUAGAUUCUUGAACUGCUGUGGUACCGAGAAAGUGAGUACAUUACUAAGUACAUAUUUUUUCUUUCACAAAUUUUGAUAGAAUCAUAUAACAUACAACAUACCACGAUAUAACAAGAUUUUUUUUCUUUACCAGCACAACAUACGAAUUUUUUCUUGUUGACUUCUGCGAAACAAAAAGAUGUGGUCGGACGUUAAUGUUGAGACAGGUGCUGUGCACGUCGUGCCUGCUUUUAAUGAGGUACUAGAAGAGUCACGACGAAAGCGUGGCAAUAAGGGAGAAAACAAUGGAUCGAAUGGGCCUACUAAAGGCAACAAGAAGACGGGACCUGACAGGAAGACGGGAGUUAAGGCAAAAAUGUUAUUCGAGGUGGCGAUAUUCUAUUACGUUCACAGCCCUUUUCCAUCUUUCUCGGCAUCUCGGUACCCUUUUCCCUUGUAUUCUCAUGAGAUACAACAAGGUAAAAGGGACCCCGAGAAAAGGGGGGCCGCGAUGCAAUCUAGCAGACUCUAACUCUAGGUAAGUAUCCCACUAUUGGGGUUGGUUAAGGCGAUAUUCUAGGUGGCUAGCGAUAGUUCGUAACUCAUUUAUAGCUUUCAUGUAGCUUCUUGAGAUGGCGGGGUGAUGCUGUCUCAGAAGAGGAACCAAGGGCUUUUUCUUUGUUUAGGUAUUCGAAAACUCAAAAUAAGCGACUUACUGACUGAAAUAAGAGAGUCUUGCUCCUGACUACAUUCCUCUUCUUUCAGUAUCUCCCUUGUUUUCACUAGUUACUCUCUUAUUUCAGUUUAUCGAAUAUCAGUCUCUUUUGUCAUCUCCACGGUCUACACGACAACGGUUAGUGCGGAGUUCUGCUCUAAAAAUUUAACUGAGCCCAAUAUCAGAAGUCCAAGCAAGACCAGGCCAACGUGGAGAGGACAAGAAGGAUCCCUGAAAUUGUCUCGGUUCCGUUUCUUCUAUCCAGAAAGUUUGCCAAGCCAUCACCCGAACUUGCGACAGACAGAUCCCUAUUUAUGGCUCCUUUCUAGACGCAGAAGAUAUCGUCGUAGAUCGAUGACGUCUGUGAAGCAGUUGUCCAAAAAGGAGGCUCACAACGAGGUGCCUUUUUCACAAGGGUAGAAAUUGAGCAUGGGACCUACUUCUAACGCAUGCCUACUGCGAAGCAAGAUUUUUGGACCUACUGGAGUUGGUCUUCGUGCACAAUGUCUUGGUUGCCUUUGUUUCGCAUCAUUAAGGCUGCGAAAAAUCCAUCUUAGCCAACAUUGUUUUUGUUAGGUCAGUUUCUUAACGUAACCGCAAAACGGGCCUCAACAAGAUGAGGUACGAGAUGGACGAUUUCUUUUCGAUCUAACAUCAUGUCGGAGCUCUCCACGCUGUUUGCAGAGCACGCACAAGAGUCUGGCUUUACACGACUUUUAUGCCUGUUGGCUACCCCGAUUCAGUCGGCGAGGAAUAUUUGGAAUUCCAAAUAUACGAUUGCAUUCAGUUACGGCUCAGAAGUACUGGCGCGGAGUACUCCUCUGCACAGAUGCAUUCAGUUUCUUUCUUUUAAGUAAAAUAGUUUCUUGAAUUCUAAGGCCGAUGAGAUUGUUGUUUCGAGAACGACGAAAAGCACAAGCAUCUUUGACCACCCCCUUUCAUCGGGAAAAACGUGCAAGAACUACGUGAGAAGAAUCUUACUUCAUUGACCCCUUUGUUAUUGUUCGUGGAAGAGGGAGACCUCUAAGUCAGGGUCUCUGUUCGUACUUGCGUACAGUUUUGUGUACGAAGGCGCUUCUAGAGGGCGCCGGUCUGGGAACUGUGACGAGUACAAGUGCACUGGCGGCGGCUCUUGUCUGGGUGUCCCGCGAUAUGUGUGGAAUGGUUGCAAAUUUGCUAUUCGCUUCAGCCUAUUCGCAAAGUUUUUCUUCGUAUGUCAAGGAGUGGCGUCUCUUCGCGGAUAUUGCGAACGACGUGGGACAAACCUUGGAUAUGUUAAGGCGCCCAUAAAUGCUUUCUUCUUUCUUGAGAAGGUUGUUUCAGGUUGACGACGUGUUUUCAAGGCGAAAAGGAUCUUCAAAGAGGAGAGAGACCCUCGUCUAGAAAAAUGGGAAUAAUAUGGGUCGUAAGGUCUAAAUAUGCUGGCACCUUGGACGGCAAAUGGCCAGACACUGUGGAUCCCACUGCAUUCUAUCCGGUUUGGCGUCAAAUACCUGGUGGAAGCAACAAACUUCUUUUUACUUUUAUGUUUACAAGAACAAGAAGUUCUAAAAAUUAAUAAUUCCUCGUUCCUUGUUGUUCUAUGUUGAGCAACCUUCACGAUUGAUUAUCCAUCGCGUCCAGCUGACAUUUCUAGAAUACUUCUUUUGCUGUUCCUUUCAUGUUAACGUGGUCUUGGUGUAACCUCAAUAAAGUGGUGAAUCUUUCAAUUGUCCACUGACUUCCUUCAAACGAAAUUUACAUGUAACUGAUACACUCUUUGGAACGGUUUCGACUUCGUUCCCUAGGCGGGUCUGGUCUCAAGGUUGAUUUGGCAGGUCAAAUCGGAGACAAAAGACAUGACGUUGGAGACUGACUCUAAUCUUGUCGGGUCUGGAGUGGCGUGCCUGGGAUAUUUUGGUCGAUUAUUGGAUAGCGCUGUUGAAUAGCAUGCAGCGUGAUGUCUUUUUGCCGUUCUAUUAUGAGAAAGGGAUCAACAAGGAUAUGCACUCAGGGGCGCUAAGCAUCAUCCGUCCUGCUCGGAUCUUCUUUUUCUACUUAUAUGAAAAAGAAGCUCCCAAGGACGAGGAUGGGACAACUGGACUCCCAGAUUCGGUUCUAAUUCUACUUGUACUUUUUGUCUCCUCUCGGUGGGGUUUUUCCAGCGCUGUUGGACAACCUACCCACUGGAGUUGCAGACGCCCUACGGUCAUUAGUCGACCCGGAGCUGGUAUAUAUUAUGCUCCGGUCCAUUGAUUAUACUUUUCCUUUGGAAAGAAAGCCAAACCGUAAAAACAUAGAUGAGGAUGUUGAGGUUGUUGCAUCGUAAUGGUACAUUUUUGCAAGAAGAUAGAUGUUCUCCAUUUUCCUCUAUGGGUAUGAAAUUGCAGUUCAAUCUUAAGAUACUUCUGCCCAUUAAAAAAUAGUACUGACGGUUUUUGUUUAUACAAGAAGUGCAGAUCAUUGGUAUAUAAGAAUAAAUAGAGUAGAUUAUUUCAACAUCUUCUUCUGCCCGAUAAAGAUCGCCUCAUCCGCUAACCGCUCUGCCUACAAUCCUGUUGUAGUGAGUGUUGUCAUUCCCCAUCGAAGGGGGCAAAUCCCCGUGGACAUCCUAUCACCGCUGGGCCAUUUAACAGAUGAUGCAAAGGUUAAGGCUAGAUUUGAGUAAUCGGUUAGCUAGUAAUGUAGUGAGAACUAGAGGCAGAAGUAUCUUAAAAGAGAGAAACUAGUAGCAUGUUCUUAGACUUUUUAGAGGCCAGAAACGUGACGCGACCCCAGGCAGAAGAGAGAUGAAGAAGCGUCCUCUUUUAGCAUGAAAAUUUUUGUUUUUCCUACAUGGAAAAAUUGCGUUCUUGCCGGCGAGCCUCAUUACAGAGACGCGUCUUUGAGCGCAUUCGUCCUCUAGCGUCCUCUUUUAGGAUCUUCGUCCUUCUCUAAAUAGAGAGAAGGAUUUACGCAGGACGUGCUAUCCGAUUGGCAUAACGUGAGCACAGGCAAAACGAGUUUAUCGCGGUCGGGGUCUUUCUUACGGCAACAUCUUUCUUUCCUAAUCAUCACGUAUACAUAGGUAUAACCACUCACGACUUUACACUCUGUCAGAGAAGUGAAAUACCCAUGACGAUGCCCAUGGAUCCCCAUGAGCGGACGAAUAGAGCAGCGUGUAAGUGAAAGAAAACUACCAACCUCGUCGCCAAGAACCCCUGACGCCAGGAGUCUAAAUUAUAGUUUGGUUGUCUUUGUAGUUACUCGAAGGUGAUUGUAGGUUGAAUUGGGUCAUCAAGAUAAUUAAAGGCGACCGAACCCCAUUUUCUUUCGAAGAGUCUGGUUUAACGACGUGUUACGCGGGCGGUAACCCCCUUUGCCCCCGAACGUCCUCCUUGGGGCGAUCUGCCGGAGCGGUGUUGCCACCUCGUGUGUCAACGAAGCCGACGCAUCCUAUCCUAUCCUCUCCUCUCCUCUCCUCUCCUCUACUCUACUCACGACUCUGUAAAAAUGCAUUCACGGCUCUUUAAUGCCAUCAACUAUCGAAUAUAGCUUGGAUAACCACUCGCUCUUCUUAGAAUCUAUCACGUACUGCACACAUUCACUUCCUUCCAACAGAAGCUUUUUCUUUGAUAUCUAACUUCCGCAAAACCGGGCUUUAGGCUUACCACUCCGCCAACCACUUUUUGGGAACAGCCAGUUUUGUACCUGUUUGUUAUGAAAGGUAUAUUAUUAGACCGACGCAGCUCGUCCAACUACAACAAGAAUUAUCAGAAUGUACCACUACAGGGAAAACUAGAAGUGGGGGGAAAGGGGUAGUUCAACGUCCACGAUGCUGCACUUUAUAGUAUAAUCAGAUGAAUAUAUUUGAUUAAUAGUUAUUUAUAAAGUUUAUAAGAAGAAGAUGGAUCUGGUUUUGGGGACAACAUAUAUCAACAUCUAAGUUUGGUACGCCUUGUUCCUGCGUCAUCCGAGUCUUCUACUGCAUGGUCGGGAACCUGCGCUUAUUCCUGACCAGCCUUCACGACUACAUUCCACUGUGGGUGAAUACUUUAAGGAUGUUUCAGAUGAUAUUUUAUUAGUCCUUCUGUGCUGUUCCCCACCAAGCCCAAGAACCUUUCCUCACUUGUAAGGAGUUACCCUUCUACUUUGCUAGUCUACAACAAGCUUAUUCAUUCCUAAUCUUCUGUCCCUGCAUCUGAGGAUUUCCUUUUUCACAAGCCCAAGAAGCUUGGCAUGUAAAACCUUCUAAGCAUAGAGGUUUCGUUUUAUUUGAUUUUGCUAUCGGUAUCCGCCAUUUGCAAAGCAGUCUGCGGUGUCAGUGCAGGAGCAGCGAAAUUAUGUACUACCUACCACUUUAGCCUUGGUAGAAUGGAGGACAGAGACAAAGCACUUUUAGAUGGAGACAAAGACAAAGCACUUUUAGAUGCAGGAGACAAAGACAAGAAAGCAUCAGGUGGAGACAAAGACAAGAAAGCAUCAGGCGGUGA